GCUGGGGCCGCCCGGGGACCUGGGGAGAGACGGCGCUCGGGUUUUUGUGUGGGGCUCGGGGGCCGUGACCAAGAGACCCAGUACUUCGGACCAGGCACGCGGCUCCUGGUGCUCGAGGACCUGAAAAAGGUGUUCCCACCCAAGGUUGCUGUGUUUGAGCCAUCAGAAGCAGAGAUCUCCCACACCCAAAAGGCCACGCUGGUGUGCCUGGCCAGAGACUUCUACCCCGACCAUGUGGAGCUGAGCUGGUGGGUGAACGGGA